GGGCAGGGAGGCGUCCCGGCCGGGGCUGGCACCGCUCUUCCACCCCCCCGCCUCCUCGGGGGUUCCCGCGGGAAGACGGCGGCUCGCCUCCUCCUCUUCCUGCUGCGGGAGGGCGCUCGACGCUUCGGCCUGGCCUGCGGGAAGUUCCCGGCUGCGAAGUGCGAUGCCCCCUAAGGAUCGUGGCAGAGGCAAGCUGCCAGUUCCUCUCCCAAGAGACAUGAUCCUGAAAGACACCGAAGGAAAAGUCUGGAGGCUGGGCAGCCAGAUCGGCCAGGGAGGAUUUGGCUUAAUCUAUUUAGCUUCCCCUCAAAUUCAUGUUCCUGUAGAAGAUGAUGCAGUGCAUGUAAUUAAAGUGGAAUAUCUUGAAAAUGGCCCCUUAUUUUCUGAACUGAAGUUUUACCAGAGGGCUGCAAAACAAGAGCAUAUAAGAAGAUGGAUGAAUCUCAAAAAAAUAAGAUGUUUAGGAAUUCCAGUGUUUUGGGGAUCGGGCUUGGCUGAGUACAAGGGAAAAAGCUAUAGAUUCAUGGUCAUGGAGCGACUGGGGGAAGACCUUCAAAGAAUCUUUGAAGACUGUGGAAGCAGAUUUAAGAAGGAGACUGUUCUGCAACUUGGGGCACGAAUGUUGGAUACUUUGGAAUACAUACAUGAAAAUGAGUAUGUUCAUGGUGACAUUAAAGCAGCAAAUCUACUUUUGGGCUACACCAAUCCACAUGAGGUUUAUCUUGCAGAUUAUGGACUUUCCUACAGAUAUUGUCCCAAUGGGAACCACAAACAGUAUCAGGAAAAUCCUAGGAAGGGCCAUAAUGGGACAAUAGAGUUUACCAGCGUAGAUGCUCACAAGGGAGUAGCCCCAUCCAGACGAGGUGACCUUGAAAUCCUUGGCUACUGCAUGCUGCAAUGGUUAUGUGGGAAGCUGCCCUGGGAACAGAACCUGAAGGACCCUGUAGCUGUCCAGACUGCGAAAACAAAACUCAUGGACGAGCUCCCAGAUUCAGUGAUGGAAUGGGAUUCUUCUGGAAGCAGCUGUAGUGAAAUAUCCAAGUUUUUGGCAUGUGUUUAUGGCUUAGCUUAUGAUGAGAAGCCAAAGUAUCAAGCGUUCAAGAAAAUCCUGCUGGAUGGACUAGAGUCAAGUGGAACUCGCUACGAUGGCCCUCUGGAAUUUUCCGCCGCAGCAGGCACGCGAAAUCACUGCGCUGCUAAAGUGUCAAAAGUUCGCUUACCAAAGCCUACGCCAAAACCAGUUCAGCAGAAGCAAAAAAUGGUGGAAGGUGAAGAAUACGUCUGUCAAAACAAAGCCUGUACUGGGGUAACUGGCAAACAACUCCAAGAUGCAGAAAAGCCAAGUAAAUUAAACAGGAUGCUUCACCAAACACAGCCUCAGCAGGUUCACUUACUGAAGCCGUCACCGAAACCAGCUCAACAGAAGCAAAACACGGGGAAAGAGGAUGAAUCUAACUGCGUAAGCAGGCCCCACGCUCGGGUAACGCGCCGGCAAUUCCAGGCUGAAGAGAAGCCCAUUAAAUCCUACACUACGGUUCAGGAGCCUGACCCCCCCCAACAGUCUGCUGAUCACUGCCUGGAGACUCCAGUACAAGCUAGGAGUGAAGCAGAAAAAGCACAGCUGUACCUGAGAGCAUCAGGCAGUAAAGUGAAAGACACUGCAAGAGAAUUACCACCAUUUGACCUCCAAGCAAUGUUCUCAGAAUCCAAACAGAAACACGAUCGACUCUUUACUACAGAUCAUCCUGUGUCAUCGCCAGAAACUGGUUCUGACAUCACUCAUCCUGCUUUAUCUGUUAUAUUCAAACUUGCAUUUACCGAUGAAACAUACCACUACAGCGUAGCCAUACUUGUACUUCUGCUACUAAUAUUACUUUCCUUGUGUUUUCUUUGACAUCAUGGUUUUCGUAUCUCCAGUGUAAGGGCAUGCAGUGGUGUUCCCAUCACGCAGUUUCUUCUCAAAGUUUCUUUGUUGAAGAUUUCAGUGUUAGUGGCUUGAAAAAGAUGUUUUAAAAUAACUGUCAGUACAGAUCUUUUAAAGGCAAGUUCUCCUCAAUUUCCAAAUCCACACUCAAUAGUUAUGUAUGCACUGAACUCUUUGUACAAGACUGUUUGGUGUUAUGAAUGUUGGGAUUCUUUUUUUUUUUCCUGAAACUGGACCUUUGCUACAGCAACAUUAAAAAAGUCUUAUGAAAUACAA